AUGAAUGAAGGAGAUAUUUUACAUUUUCUUCUUCAAAAUGAUGAAGAAUCAACGGCUAGAGGUGAAGAAAAGAACAUCAGUGAUAACCAAUGGUUACAACCAGAAACUCAUGUAGUAAAAGUUAAAGAAACACAAGAUCUUAUAUCGAAGAAAGUAAAUGAUGAUAGAUGGCCAGUACCGACACACCCUGAUUCAAGUGAAGAUGAUUUCACAGAUGAUUUGGACGAUUUGCUUUUCAUGCCAACCAAAGGUAAAAAUGCCAUUGUUUUUAAACCAUUUCGAAUGAAGUUGGGGGAACUUGAUAAAGAAGCAAGCGUCCAAGGUGAAGUACGAAAUAAGAAGAGUAGUAAUCGUAAAAAAGCUAAGGCAGAAACUGUGUCAAAAUCGCAAGUAGAACAUGACUUUCCAAGAGAUAAACUUCAAAACGCUGAUUCAAAAAGGAAGGGGAGCCGUCGUAAGGAAACUUCUGUAAUCUCAGCCAAGAAGGAAAGAACUAAGGAAAUUGUACCAAAAUCUGCAGAGGACAAUUCAAGGGAGGAAAAUGUACAAACUGAUAAGAAAUCAAUGUCAAGAAUGAAGUUAAAGCCAAAUCCAGCGAAUUCAAAGUCGACAACAAAGCCAUUCAAAGAAUCUCAUCUAAAAUCAUUGAAUGAAAAGUUGGAGAAUAGACGAAAGAAGAACAAGAAUUGGAAAAGAAACAUUGUGUCAGACGAUGUUUAUGAACCCUUGGAACCUAUCGCAUUUAAAACGAGAUCAGGUGAAAUAAUAAAUGCUGAAAAAAUCGAGUUCAUUGAUGUUACAAAUAACAAAACUGUACAGAAACCAGAAUCGAAAAAUCGAAGAAAGGAGGACAUCAAGCUGGAUAAGAAUGAGGGAGAUGUUAAAGAAAAUAAAAAAUCAAUAAGAAAGAAGAAAUCAAAAAGGGACCAAGGACCGAAGACAACAAAUACAAACGCAGAUACAGAUACAAAUACUACAAGUAAGAACGCGGAAGGGCAUAUUUUUGAUACCAUUACGCAGAAGAGCUCAGUAAUAUCGACUAGUGUGACAGCCACUGAAGUGACUCUGGAAAGCGAUCCAAGACCAAGUCAAGUAAAAGAUGACACUCAACCUACCAAAAAUAAAAACAGAAAUAGAAAUAGAAACAAGAAAGGAAAAAGUAAACCAGUUGAUGACGGUAACGUUAAAGAAGAAAAGAAAGUACUCGACCAACAGGAUAGCUCUUCAGUUAAUGACAGUAAUCCUAGAAAAGAAAAUUUAAUAAAAGCACGCAAAGGAGAAAGGAAACGGAAUAGUCGCAAGAAAAGUCAUCUUACUGAAAAGUGA